UAUAUAUGUAUGUGUAGCGCGUGUACCGUACGCGUACCGCACGUCGCUGAACCUCGCGUCAUCGUGUCGUGGUGUUGGUCGCCAGUUGAGAUCGCGGUCGACUUCAGAUAGUCGAGGAGCUCUCGCGGAGCUGCUGGAGCAUCCGAGCGUGGUUCGUUCGAGGCGCGCGGUUUAUUGAUAAUAAAGAUAACUGGCAGCUGCUGAAAUCAUCUCCGUGUCGAAAGCGCCGAAAGGAGCCGAAAGAGGCGACGUAAACGGGACAGUUAGCGGAGAGAGGGUAUCAUCGAGUGUGCGUAUGCUGCAAAAUCUGGAAAGGACUUGGCGAAUGGGGGCACGGGUACGUUGCUAAAAGAGAAUGAACGAAGGAGAGAGAGAGAGAGAGAAAAAAAUCCGUGAGACUUGCGUCAGCGCGAUUCGACACGGAUUGUUGCGCGAAUCACCUCGAUACACCUCGAUACACAAUACAAAUCGACACGAUUCCGCUGAAUUCGCAAAUACCAGCGUUAUGUGAGAACGAGCCUUAUGUUUACGAUUUACAAUGCGUCAACGCGACGAGUGACGUAGAAUCUCUAUCGAGGGAUUUUUUUUUUCCUCUCCCUCUUAACCGCGCCUGUGUUUUCCGUUUAAAAGCCCCAGAGAUUCGCGAUCUUCCGUUUACGCACGUACGUGCAUAUCGAUUUACGCGCGAGUGUCGUCUCGCGUUCGCGCGAGUCGCACGCGCUUUCUUUCUCUCCUUCCCCCUUCCCUUCCCCUCUCUUCCCCCCUCCGCCCUUCCCUCCCCCGUAUUCCCCUCCUCCACGAGCGUCCUCGUGAAAUUACGCGAUCGCGAUGAUUCCUGCUCGUCGAACGUCGUGACGGAUGGCGACGCGGAAACACGUCACAUCUCGUCGUCCUUCGUCACGGAAAUAAUCCUCUAUACUUGCGCGCAAUUGUGUACCACCAGCAGGUUGACGUAUGAAUGGUGUCGGGGUCACUGCAGGGACGCACGCCACGUACGUGAAUCCGCUUGACAAGAUGUCAACGACCACCGAUGUCAGCGACUUGGCGGUGGAUCUCCCCAAGGAGGGGACGCCAAUCUUCCUGCAGACUCGUGCAGCCUGGGCCAUCGCCGGAGUGUUUAUGGCUGUUGCGCUUUUCUUCACUUGCCAACAGAUCUAUCAGCAUCUGAGGUGGUACACGAAUCCCACGGAGCAGAGAUGGAUAGUGCGAAUUUUGUUUAUCGUGCCCAUUUACGCCAUCUACUCCUGGAUCUCACUGUUGUUUUUCAAUAGCGAGAGCUACUAUGUUUACUUCUUCACGGUGCGAGACUGUUACGAGGCAUUUGUUAUAUAUAAUUUCCUGUCACUAUGCUACGAGUACCUAGGUGGUGAGGGCAACAUCAUGUCCGAAAUCAGGGGCAAGCCGAUACGCUCCAGUUGCCUGUAUGGCACCUGUUGCCUGGUUGGAAAAACUUACACCAUCGGAUUUCUAAGAUUCUGCAAGCAAGCCACUUUACAGUUCUGCUUAGUUAAACCAGUGAUGGCGUUUGUCAUUAUAUUCCUGCAAGCCUUCGGCCAUUACAGAGACGGAGAUUGGUCACCCGACGGUGGCUACAUUUACAUCACGAUAAUUUACAACAUCAGUGUCUCGCUUGCACUUUAUGGGCUGUUUUUAUUCUACUUUGCUACGAGAGACCUGCUGACGCCGUUUGAGCCUGUGCUCAAAUUUUGUACAGUCAAGAGCGUCAUCUUUUUGUCAUUCUGGCAAGGAGUACUGCUAGCCAUCUUGGAGAAAGCAAAUGUCAUUUCACCCGUUAUAAACAGUCUGGGUCAAUCAACGAGUGCUGGCACAGUCUCCGCCGGUUAUCAAAAUUUCCUCAUUUGUAUCGAGAUGUUAUUCGCUGCUAUAGCUUUACGUUACGCGUUCCCGUAUCAAGUAUACGCAGCUGGAUGUGUUACUGACUCCAGAGGUAGAAGUGUGACGAUGCAAAGUAUCAGUAGUAGUUUGAAAGAAACGAUGAAUCCAAAAGACAUUAUGACCGAUGCCAUCCAUAAUUUCCAUCCACAAUAUCAGCAAUAUACUCAAUAUAGUGCAGGGGGCCCAAAAGGACAACGUGGUAUGCGAGUAUCCAGCUUCGAUCCGGAUGAUCCGCAAAACAUGCCGGUACCACCACCUCAAAGGCGAAACACCUCUCACCAACGUGUCGCAACGAUUUCGCAAAAUUAUAAUGAGAAAACAAUGUUACUGAGCAGCGACGAUGAAUUUCAAUAAGGCACACGGACGUGCGGUUCGGGGAAAUGAGAUUUACGCUCGAGAAUCGUAUCGACAAAUAUUACAACGCGAAACUUCCAUGAAUUUCUAGAAAUCUGCUUUCGAAGGGUGGAUGGAAUGCAAGAGAAAAACGAUAUGUUUUAAGGAAUUCGCAUGAAGCGAAUUCGUUCUUGCAGAUCUUAAAAGAAAGGGAAAAAAGGACAUUGCGCAGAGCAUAAGAGCGCAUUGCGUUUCACUGUAAUAGUUCCAUAAUGUUACAUCCAUGUUAAUAUAUGUAUUACGUUAUAACAUACGAGUAUAAAGAAAUAGUAUAGAAGAUAUUUAUUUUACUAUGCUGACAUGUUUGAGGCAGUGUUAUUCGUACACGUGGCUCUACUACGACACUGCAAGAAGUAUUAAAUGCACGAUAAUGCUUGCUCUUCGUAAUAGAUAAGAAAAAAGUAAUUGUAUAGUACUUAAUUUCACGCGCGAUAUCGCACUUUCUCAGAGUACUGUUCGUAUGUAAGCAUCGACACUUGUUUACACUUUUGUAUCUGUUUUUAUUUACACGUUUGCAUUUAGCGAACUUUGACUUUUACAAUUUCGCAUUCGUGCUUAUUUGGGAAGCCUCGCGAGCCACAGGAAUAUUUGCGUCCUUCUACAAAAAUCAUUCUUUCUUUGGUUUCUUGCAAAAUAUACGUGUAUAUAUCACCGAGGUAGAUCUGAAAAUGCGGAGAAGUUGAAGCGAGUUUUCCUUCUCGACGAAAGCCUUUCGAUAUAAAAGAAAAAACAAAAAGAUACAUAACAAUAUUAUAUGCGCGAGGAAAGGACGAUCGAUGAGCAUCGUGUCAGAUAUAAACAUUUGGUAUUCGGUGUCUUAUGUGUACAACUGUGUAUAAUCCUCAUAUUUUUUUUAAAAGCAUAAGAGACGAGCCAAGUUAACAAAGAUCUAUUUUAUAUGACAGCACAGUGUGCCGAAAUCUUUCGUCACCAUUUAAGAACGAAGUGAAACGUGUAAAUCUGUAAACAAAUUUUAUUGUCCUAUUACAUCUCGUAAUAAAGAUAAGACACAACUACA